UAAACAGAUUAUUUAUUGACACUUUUCAGAAUGUAAAACGCAGCUGUGCCGUGUGCAUCGGAACAGGGGCAUCAUAUAGUUUGUCAGUGAGGAUGUUUGCAGCCUGUGGCUCGGUUAUUGCUCUCGGCGCGCGUCACCGUGUCAUGCUUUCCUCGCGCGAUAUGCAUCUGUCCGUACACAGUUCUUCUGAGAUGAUCGGCGCUUCCCGCGGACGGUUCUUUCUCCCAGCGCUAACAGCAGAGAGGAAAGACUCGGCGGAGGUGGGAGGUUCAAGCUCAUAGAGAUGCCGAGCGGAUUCCCCAACUCUCCCCAGAAGCCCACCGCCGUGCUCCGCGCCCGCCGACUCUGAAGGAGAAGACUUUGCCGGGGGGUCGCUCGCGGAGACGGGCGUGCGAGAGGGCGAGCGCGUGUUUUUCGCGGGCUCGUCCCGGUGAAGACGCUCCGGAGCGAAGCGGCGUCCAGCUGACAACAGCGUUAACUUUCGCGCCAAGUGCCUUCCGGAGGAGGAAAACCGUCGCGGACGCGAAGCGGUGUGAAUUGACAGUCGGACGUCACGCGAGCGCACUCGGGGUUUGUUUUGGAGUCUAUGCACGUGGCCGCGCCGGAUUGACUCCGGAUCGAGCCGUGACUGACAGCUCGCUUCAGAUUAAACCAGACCGCCGGAAGGACUUUACCGCGAUUGGGACCUGCGGUCCGUGUGGAUUACGAGACGCUGCCAGAGUCUCCAGGAUGCGAGUGGAGCUGUGAGAAGUUUCGAGGUGGUUUUGGAGAGUUGCAAACGCAACUUGAGCGCUCAGGAUGUCUCAGGAACUCUGCGAUGGAUUUAGCUCUAAAACCUGCACGUUUAUCCAGAGAGAUAGGGGCUGAUCAUCUUCGCGUUUGUAGAAGGAUCUCUCUCUUGAUUUUGGUGAAUAUUAUAGGAUGAGGUCGGGAUGUGUCACGAUUUGUGGACGGAGUGCAGUUUGAAGAAGACUCGGUGGAUUUUAUGAAGUUGCGCGUCGGUCGCCAAGACGCACGGAAAUAUGAAGAUUUUUAGAUUUUUUUCAAGAAAGCAUGAAAAGAUAGAAACAGACAAUGAACAUCACGUUGCUUUAUCAGGGUAAUGGAUUCGGACGGCGUGUGUUUUCCCGUCAGGUCCCCUUGUAAUCACAUUAUUAUACUGACGCACAAUAUCAAAAUUCUGUAUGAAUACAGAAAUGGCUGGGAAAUACUUCUGCACCACUCCUAGCAAUGCCCUGACUUGAUAAUGCUUUGGUUUCUAAUAUAAAGUUGCGAAUCGUUGAAGGUCUUCUACUCAUCAAUAGAUGAUUGACGCUUCAACAGGUGACUGAGCGGUCUGUGUGCUAUCAGAAUGCUCCUAUUGGUAUGAGAGCUGGUCCCGUGGGUUUACAGUCGACCCUCCGUGCUUCCUUCUUGUCCUGCCCUGCUUCUCGCUGUCCACAUGCAGGCGAAGAAGCGAUACCUGCUGGUAUCUGUGGGGGCCUGUAGCCUGCUACUAGCCUACCUGUGUGGCCUGCAAAUCGGCGAGUUCCACAACCAGAGCCAUGCGGAGCUCUAUGGAGUCUCACAGAUGGCCGGUGUCCCGCCUCGGCCGCCCCGCUGGCCGGAUUGGGUGGAUCCUCCCCUGCAGACAUACCUUGGUGAGGCCGAGCAGGAAGAGGACGGACCCCUGCUUCUUCAUCAGCACACGUCUCCUCGCGAGAGACGAGAAAUACAGAAGAACAUCUACAAGAGCCGGCGGUGUCGCAUGGAGACCUGCUUCGAUUUCCAGCGCUGCGAACGGGGCUUUAAAAUCUAUGUGUAUCCGCCUCAGAAAGGUGAGGCGCCCUCGGAAAGCUACCAGAAGAUUCUGGCAGCCAUCGAGGAAUCGCGAUUCUACACGACGGACCCUAAUGAGGCCUGUCUGUUUGUAUUGAGUAUAGACACUCUAGACAGGGACCAGCUGUCAGCUCAAUAUGUACAUAACGUCCGAGCCCGAAUUCAAAGCCUCCCUCUGUGGUACGAAGGAAGGAACCAUCUGAUUUUUAACUUGUACUCUGGAACGUGGCCUGAUUAUACGGAGGAACUAGGAUUCGAUAUCGGCCAGGCCAUGUUGGCCAAGGCCAGCACCGACAUGGACAACUUUAGACCGCGCUUUGAUGUGUCCAUCCCUUUGUUUUCAAAAGACCAUCCUCAGAAAGGAGGGAGCAAAGGUUAUCUCAAUCUUAACAAUGUCCCUCCCUUACGGAAAUACUUGCUGGUCUUCAAAGGGAAGAGGUAUCUAACUGGCAUCGGCUCUGAAACCAGAAAUGCUUUAUAUCAUAUACACAAUGGGGAUGAUAUCAUUUUAUUGACUACCUGCAAACACGGGAAAGACUGGGAGAAGCACAAGGAUGCGCGGUGCGACAGAGACAAUGAAGAAUACACAAA